ACAAAAACUCUUUUAUUCACAUUUUAGGGUCUCUUUCUCUCUUAUCUUAAAGCAGCAGCAGAAGCAGAAGCAGUGAGCACAAGAAACGUCAUCGAUGGCGUCUCAGGCUGCGAAUCUAUGGGUUCUUCUUGGUUUAGGUCUGGCUGGGAUUCUUAUGAUUUCCAAGAAGCUCAAGAAGACCGUCCGUGAAGAUUUCGGCGCUUUUCUCGACAAACUCUUGCUUCUCCCUCCUCCUCCACCUGCUCCUCCCAAAGCUCCUCAUCCUCUCACCGGCCUCACUUUCGCCGUUUCCGACUUAUUUGAUAUCACAGGCUACGUGACUGGUUUCGGUCAUCCAGACUGGGUUAGGACGCAUGAAGCUGCUUCUUCAACUUGUCCUGUGGUUUCAACUCUCGUUGAAGGUGGAGCCACUUGUGUUGGUAAAACUGUAGUUGAUGAACUUGCGUUUAGUAUCAGUGGAGAAAACAAGCAUUACGAUUCACCUACAAAUCCUGCAGCUCCUUCUCGUAUUCCUGGUGGCGCUUGCAGUGGCGCUGCUGUUGCUGUAGCCACUAAAGCUGUGGAUUUUGCUUUAGGCAUCGACACAGCUGGCGGGGUAAGAGUGCCUGCAGGAUACUGUGGCGUUCUUGGAUUCAAAUCUUCUCAUGGGGCUAUUUCAAAUACAGGAAUCAUACCAGUAUCUUCAAGUCUUGACUCUGUUGGAUGGUUUGCCCGCGAUCCAAUCACCCUACAUCGUGUUGGCCAUGUACUCUUGCAACUUCCAUUUGCCACACAACGGAAUCCAAGGCAAAUCAUACUAGCCGAUGACUGUUUUCAGCUGUUAAAGAUCCCCGUGGACCGGAUUACCCAGGUGGUGAUCAAAUCAGCUGAAAAGCUUUUUGGAAGACAAUUGCUGAAGCAUCAGAACUUUGAGAACUAUAUUGAAACUAAAGUUCCUAGCUUGAAAGAGUUUGCUAGAACAAAAGCCGUUGCUAAGGUCCCAACAUCAAGACUACUAGCGAAUGUGAUGCAGCUUCUUCAAAGGCACGAGUUUCUUCAAAAUCAUGGGGAUUGGAUCAACACAGUGAAGCCAGCUAUUGAUCCUGUGAUUUCGUCCCAAAUUUGUGAGAACCCAGAACUAACCAGUGAAGAAAUUGAGAACUUCAAUGCAAUCAGAAACGAGAUUCGAGUGGCUAUUGGUUCACUUCUCAAGGUAUUCCUGCUCUUCCAUUUGAUGUCCACAACUUGAGCCAAUUAGU